CGCCCAGGGUCCCCCACAAUGGACCGCCCCGCGCCCCUCCCCACAAAAUGGGACGGGCUGCCCCGCCCUGCCUUCUCUCGGGCUUCAGGCGCCGAGUCUCCGUCUCCAGCGUGUCCAGCCACUUGGCUGCAGCUCCGUAGCUAUGGCCCCUGGCCUGAGCGUCCUUCCGCGGGGCGGCCUCUGGCUGCUCCUGGUGCACCCUCUCCUCGUGGCCACUGCCUGCCUGGAUGCUGAAUUCGCCCCUGCCCUUCAUGAGCUCUGCCUCAGCCGCUUCAGGGCCGACAUGGACUCCAUUAAGCCAGAGCUGUGGUGCAACUGGGAAAAGACAUUGGGGAGCUACAAGGACCUCAGUAACUGCACCCAGCUGGUGGCUGUCCAUUUGGGCUGUGCAUGGCCCGGCCCCAUUGUGGAUCGCUUCUUCGUGGCUGUGCACCGCCUCUACUUCCAAGACUGUCCCGUGUCAGGCAGAGCUGUACAGGACCCGCCCAGCAGCAUCCUUUGCUCCUUUAUUGCAGUGCCUGUGCUGGUGACACUUCUAAUGACAUUGCUGGUGGUCUGGAGAAGCAAGUGCCCAGAGGGCGUUGUGUAGACUGGCUUGAUGACCAGCUCCCCCCAGGGACAUCCCUCAUCCUGCAUCUCCCCAGAAUGCAGAGCGGCUGAGAGAGCAGCCCCUGGCCAGAAGCAGAAGCUGUGCUCCAGGCACUGCCAGGUUGUGUGGUUCUGGCAGGACUGUGUUGUAUGUGAAUUAAAAUAUGCCGGACCCUGAA